GCUACCAAAGCACCCCCGCCCCCCCGAGACGAUCCAGGGCAUCGUACACAUUCACCCGUUCCUCAUCGUGAUCCUCGCCAUGCUGACUCAAAGAAGCCCUUACGCGAAGCCUAUGAGUCUGAGUACGAGUACUACUCUUCUUCCGAGGAACGGGAGAAGCCAAAGCAACCUGCGGAGUGGUUUGAUGCCAACUCCCCAAACGGCACGCCUUUCCAAUACGAUCGCCAUGGUAACACCCGCUUGCCUCCCAAAUCCUCGUCGCUGCCCGAUUGGAUUCCUUGCCAAUUUGGUGAAAGAACCUUCUGGAAGCAUCGCGAUUCCCACGAGAUUACUUGGUCCAACCCGGUCACUCCCAUAACUACCCGCCCAAAGGCAUGCCCCACGGCUCCACGUGCUACACCUUCGACUCCGUGUUCUACACCUUCGAGGCCGAUAGAAAAAGACGACGAGCGUGCAAACUUGCUAAGCCAGUUGCACGCCUUGGAAGCCAAGACCACUCAGAUCAAGAAUAAGUUGCAGGGCUCCUGUUCUCCACCGCCACCUCCUAUGUCAUCACCAACGACGGACAUGAAGACCGACAACGCUUCGAUCUCUUCAGGCCCCAUUCUUAAGCUCUCCAUGCGGAUUAUUGCGGGUGAAGAGGAUAUCAAGCAUGCGCAGGAGAAUUUCAAGUCCCUGCUCAUCAAGAAGCAAGUUUCCCAACACCCAAAUGCUAAUUGCAAAGGCGUGUUUGCCAGGGCAUGGCAAUCCGAAAUUGCCGUGUUGAACCAGUUAGAGGCCAUGGGGAUUCGCGUUAUUGAGGCCGAGGAUGUGAACUUGGAUAGAAUUCCUCCUUGCGUUGAGGUUGGUCGUGGUAAUCCCGCCGUUCCUAGCUUCAAGGUUUGGUUCUCGUUGACGCCACCAGAGUCCCUUACCUUCAACUACACGGUCAGUGCCAAAAAGCUAGAAAUCAACGGCGCCAAGAGCAUGAUCCUCAAACACAUUGACUUGCUCCUCCAGUUCUUGGGUAACAUUGCGGAUAUCCAGUCCCAGCGUGCCGUUGUCCUCGUCGGAGAUAGUAAUAUUCAUCUUACUUGCAUUGUGGAUCAUAGUGCAUCCUGCCGUUGCCUUCACUGCCGGCAACCACGUGAAGAUGCAGCGAUAGAGCGCACUUUUCGGCAUUGUGGAUUCGAUUGCCUUAACCCCAUAAAUACGCCAACGCAUUGCAGUGAGACCUCCAUCGACCUGGUGCUUACCACCGAUUCUGAGUGCAUACGAUCCAUCAAAGUUUUCCCUGUGGGCCAAUUCCUCAAUUCUGACCAUAGCUUAGUUUUGGGUGAUCUAGCUAUUUCCGUACAUGCAUCGCCACAACUUCGCAUCGGUCGUGUGGGUUGGCUCCCGGAUGAGAAGUGGCACGACGUUAUGCAGGUCAUUGACAGCUGCAUGGUUCUUGCCGCUGAGCUUGUGGAAGCUGCCUCCAGUGACCCUUCCCUUGCCUGCUCCCCUCCUUCUUGUAGUUUGAAGCAACGAAGAUCCUGCCUGGAUGCUUUUGAUUGGCUUAGGGUUUUUGCUUUCGUUACUGCUGGGCACUUGGGUGGUAUCGUUAAAGCCAGCUUACCGGCCGCUUCUUCCAGGGACUGCUCCUCUGAUACAGCUUCCAUCCGUGCGAAGCAACAAGGCAAUUGGGCCAAGUAUGUGCAUUUACGUGACAGCAAUCCAAGUGAAGCCGCCAAAUUCCUGGCUAAGCUUUUGCGACCAAAUAUCGCAACACAAAUCCGAUUGAAGAAUGAAUCCACUGGCAAGCUCCUGUCUACAAGUGAGGCACUGACUGCAAUCCUUGAUGAUAUCACUUCCCGUCCGUUAGCCACGAAGGUACUCGUCACCGAUAAUACGUCGUCAUCCCAGCAGGUCUCUGCAAUUCGCGCUUCAGGCGCUACUGUGGAUCCCCUCACCGAGGCCGAACUUAUCGAUGACUGGUGCCCUUUCACGAUGGACGAGAUUGACCUUUGCAUUCACAACCUCGACCCAAGCAAAUACGCAUUCCGGGGUUGCUAUGCAUCCCUGCAGCACGCAGGCACGGGCACUCGCAGAUUUAUUCGUGCACUUCUCAACCUUGCGAUGCAACUCCAGAUCUGUGGGACUGAAAUGGCUGCCCUCUGUGAUGCCUUACUUGACCAUGCAAUUUCAGCACCUUUCACUGUCGUGGACGGCGUCGCACAGGGCAAGAAGGCUUCUGUCCACAAGUUUAACACUGCCGCUACGUUCAUCAAAGACUGCAUCUCAAGACAUCCUGGGCGCUGCAAUUCCCACAGGGACGUGGCAACAUCGUGUACUGCAGCACGCAGAGUACAUCAAGCCCGCUUUGCACGGUCAUCAUGA